AUGACAUUACUCUUGUCAGUGCCGGUCUCCAUUCCAUAUGCAUUUGAACUGUUUGUCAUCUUUUGGCAAAGGUUGAAAAAACUUGCUCAGAAAAGUACAGACAAGGAAAAUUAUCAUACAAGAAAGACUGGACGGCUUUUUGCUUCAGAUAAGGAAUCGUGUUCUAGCAGCAGCAGUGAUGGUUUUACACCUGGCAGUGAUGAAAAAAAAGGCACUGCCCAACAGGAUUCCAGGCCUUCUGGAAAGAGAAAUUGCAAACGGGAUACAACUGUAUACAGAAAUACCACAAAGAAUGAGUCAAAGAAAAGAGAUCGCUCGGGACAGGAGAGCGCUGUGUUGUUUUCAAAGAAAUCCAAGAGCCAUAACUCACAGAAUUUUAGUGAAUUUGAUGAUUAUAGCCUGAUCAUUUCUGAUUCACCAAUUAUUGUGCUAAAACAGAUUGAAGAGAAUCAAAAAGUCAUAGGAACAAGUACACCAUGUCAGAGGAGCAACAGAGACAUACCUGCUAUCAAUCCAGCAGACAUAUCCCAUAUUUCACCUCUUAGAAAUAAGAGUGAUGAACUUGAUGAAAAUGAGAUUGUAAAUGAUACAGGGUCUCCAUCAUUUUGUGAAACUGCCCAGCUGCAUACAUCUGCUGAUUUAUUUGGAAGUCAUUUUUGUGAGGAUACAGAGGCAAAUAGAGACAGUAAAUGCAAUCUUGAACUUAACCUAAAGAGACUGGAGGAUGGUCUUAAAUUACUUCGAGUCAAUAAAAGGUGUAAAAAAACAAAGCAAAUACAAAGCAGGUGCUUGGAUUAUCUGUGGACAGACAGCAAUGUUCUGAAAAAGAUGACUUUUCAUCAAAAGCAACCCUACUGGUCAAAUGAGGAUGCCAUAGUUAAAGAGUGUAAAAUUCACAUCCAGCGGCUUAGAGAUAGUUUAUUAAAGAAGAGCACCAUAUUUGCCUCUGAUUUAAUGAAGUCACCAGUAAGGGAAGUAUCAGUUAGUUUAUUUUCAAGUCCAGAGCUAGAUCUACAGCCACAAAAUAGGAAACUGGGGUCCUCAGAAAGAGUGAAUGACACUGAUAGCUCAUGUCAUCAAAUCUCCAGCUUCUCUGACAGUGAUAGUGAUGAUCAUAGCUCUGAGGAUUUGAGUGCCAUUCAUGAAGAAGAAGAAAGUGAACUAGAGGAGGAUAAUGAUAAUGAAGACGAGUGGGAAGAUAACAGCGAAGAGUAUGAGGAGGGCAGUUAUGUGUCAGAUGUGGAAAACCUGGUGCAUAAAGCUAAUGCAAACAAGAAACAAAUAAGUGAUUUGAAUGCUGCUAGUAGCUCCAUCAAAGAAGCUGACUCGAAGGCAGCUGAGAACAUUGAUAAUUCUGUUAUCAGUGGCAGCCCUGUGCGGUAUAUGCUGACAGAAAGUGGUAUGAAGUCUGCAGCUGUGGGUGAAGCAUCAUUUCAAGAGAAGCAGGCAGAAUCAAGGCUGUUAGAAUAUUUGGAGGGCUCUCUUGAUGACGAGAGAGUCACUGUCUGCAGUUCUGAUGACAGUAUUUUCAGUAGAUCUUUAACCACACCUGAUGCUUUAAAAAAGUCGUAUGCUACAGAUGCGUCUUGUUCGCUCUUGGAGAUUUUAACUCCAGGCAAAAGUAAAAGCAGAGCAGAAGAAUUGCCCAUGAAAGAACGUGUUUUGCAGCAGUGUGGGCAAGAUAGGCCUUUACCUUUUACUGCCAUCAUUCCACCAAGUGUUCUGAAAAAGUGCGUUAAAAUUGGGGAGGGAGUGUAUGGAGAGGUUUUUCGCACUAUCCAUGGAGGUGGCUCUGUAGCUUUGAAGAUUAUUCCUAUAGAAGGAAAUUUCGAAGUGAAUGAUGAAAAGCAAAAGACGUUUGAAGAAAUACUUCCAGAGAUUGUCAUAUCAAGUGAGCUGAGCAAACUUUAUGAUGGUGUGGAGAACAGUACUUCAAACUUCUGUCAUGUCAAGAGUGUGUCCUGUGUACAAGGCAGUUAUCCCCCUGAACUUUUAGAACAGUGGGAUCUGUAUGAUAAAAAUAAAAAGUCUGAGAAUGACAGACCAGAUGUCUUUGGAGAUGAUCAACUGUACAUAAUGUUUGAGUUUGGUGAUGGUGGCUGUGACCUUGACAGUUGUAAAUUGAAAAACCCAGCACAGGGAGUAAGUGUAUUGCGACAGGUGGCCUGUGCUUUGGCUGUGGGUGAGGUAGUUAUGCAGUUUGAGCACCGAGAUCUCCAUGUAGGCAAUGUACUGGUGCAGCCCACAGACAGUGCUUCUAUCACCGUUGUUUUGAAUAAUACUCCUAUCACUAUAGACAGUGAAGGAGUACACGUUAGCAUCAUUGAUUUUACUCUUUCCAGGCUUUCUAAAGACGGCUGCACAAUAUUCUGUGACUUGGCCACAGAUUACACACUGUUUGAAGGAAAGGGGGAUUACCAGUUUGAUAUCUACCGCUUAAUGAAAAAAGAGAACAAAAAUAAGUGGGAAACAUAUCAUCCUCGCACUAAUGUUCUGUGGAUGCACUACCUUUGUGAUAAACUGAUAAACAGCAAGCGCUAUACACAGGCUGGCAGAGAGCAUCGGGAGCCAAUGAGAUGCUUGAGAGAGUGUCUGUAAGACUUCUUCAAUACAGCAGUGCUACAGAGUUUGUUUCCACAGACAGUUUUUUUUCACCUUGAAUGUUUGUCUUGCAAUAAUUUUGCUUAACUCCAAUGUUCUGAUAUUGCAUUGUCAUGUUUUUUUGUGGUGAUGAUGAAUUUUUAUUAUAAUUCACUUGCAUUGGAGAAAGAACUGAAGAGGAAGUAAAAUCAUUAUGAAUUAAUGAGCAUAUGGACAAGUAAUUUAUACAGCUGUGUAUUCAAGAUCAUAUUUUUUUAUGUGAGAGUGAGUGAGAGAGAGAUGAGAGAGCAGAUUUAUAAGUGAAAUAUUUGAGGCCAUUGUUAACCAUAUUUCUAGAAGCAACUUUUUAGUGACUGUCAC